AACUACAACACAGACACACAGUAGAACUAAUUGAAGUAAUGAAUCCAUAUUUCACAGUGAAAACAGAGUAUGCAGAUUCAAGAUCAUUUCAAUUUGGGGAUGAGCCACCACAAGCAGCGGAAAUGAUGAGACUACUACCACCACCACAGCCAAGAGAAGGACUUCAUGAUAUUGGGCCACCGCCGUUUCUGACCAAGACUUUUGAAAUGGUAGAUGAUCCAGUCACUGAUCAUGUAGUUUCUUGGAGUGUUAGUGGUUCUAGUUUUGUCAUUUGGGAUCCGUAUACUUUCUCUACUGAUUUUUUGCCUAGAUGUUUCAAACAUAAUAACUUCUCCAGCUUUGUCAGACAGCUUAACACUUACGGAUUUAAAAAGAUAGACCCAGAUAGAUGGGAAUUUGCAAACGAAGGGUUUUUGAGAGGACAAAAACAUCUACUAAGAAACAUCAAGAGAAGAAGAUCAUCAAAUCAGCUUCUGCUACCUCAUCAACUGCAACAACAAAAUCAUCAAAACCAUCAUCAUCAGCAACAAGAGGCUUAUGUCGGAGAAGAAUUUGACAGAUUGAAGCGCGACAAACAUAUUUUAAUGACGGAAUUAGUGGAACUCAGACAUCAACAGCAGACCACAAGAGCUUAUAUUCAAUCAAUGGAACAGAGAUUACAAGGAACAGAAAGAAAACAGAAGCAAAUGAUGCAGUUUUUGGCUAGAGCAGUUCAAAAUCCAGCUUUUAUACAGCAAUUAGCUCAGCUGAAAGGUAAAAGAAAAGAACUGGAAGAAGCUAUGACUAAGAAAAGACGACGGCCUAUUGAUCAAGAACGCCGACAUAGCGGGACUGGAGAAUCAAGUAGAAACUCCAUCAAAGCUGAGCCUAUGGAGUUUGGAGUGUCGGAACUGGAAGCCCUUGCUCUUGAAAUGCAAGGGUUCGGAAGAUCUCGAAGAGAGGAACCUGAUGGAGAAGAAGAAGAAGAAGAUAAAGAAAUGCUGUCAGGUGGAGAUAGAGAGCUUGAUGAUGGGUUUUGGGAAGAAUUGCUGUGUGAAAGUAAUAGAGGAGGUGAUGAGAAUAAAGAUGGUUAUGUAUCAGCUGAUCAGAAAUUAGGGUUUCUUUUGUUAUGCGAGUAUAUGACCUUACAUUUACGGGGUGUCUCAGUGGCUUAUUGUUCUUUGCUGCUGCUUGUAUCACCCACACACAGAAAGUCUAGUACAUUCAAGAAGUGUGUAGAAGAGAGAGAAGAAAAGAAAGUUUGCACAGAUCAACUAUGUAAAUCACCUUAUGUGCAGACUUUAAGAGAUAAAUUGAGGCCCGCACCAUAUGGUCACCAUACAAUAUACCAUUUCUACCCCUUUGGAACUUCUUCUCUUCCAGAAAUUAACUACAACACUAACACACAGAACGUACGAAUUGCAAUUAUGAAUCCAUAUUUCACAGUGAAAAAAGAGUAUGGAGAUUCAAGCUCAUUUCAAUUUGGGGAUGAGCCACCACAAGUAGCGGAAAUGGUGAGACCACCAGCACCACCACCGCAGCCAAGAGAAGGACUUCAUGAUAUUGGGCCACCGCCAUUUCUGACCAAGACUUUUGAAAUGGUGGAUGAUCCAGUCACUGAUCAUGUAGUUUCUUGGAGUGUAAGUGGUUCCAGUUUUGUCGUUUGGGAUCCGUACACUUUCUCUACUGAACUUUUGCCUAGGUGCUUCAAACAUAAUAACUUCUCCAGCUUUGUCAGACAGCUUAACACUUAUGGUUUUAAAAAGAUAGACCCAGAUAGAUGGGAAUUUGCAAACGAAGGUUUUUUGAGAGGACAAAAACAUCUACUAAAAAACAUCAAGAGAAGAAAAUCAUCAAAUCAGCCACUGCCACCUCACCAUCAGCUCCAACAAAAUACUCCUCAUCAGCAACAAGAAUCUUGCGUUGAAGUCGGAAGAUUCGGACUGGACAAAGAAUUCGACAGACUAAAGCGCGACAAACAGGUUUUAAUGACGGAACUAGUGAAGCUCAGACAUCAACAGCAGACGACAAGAGCUCAUAUUCAAUCAAUGGAACAGAGGUUACAAGGAACAGAAAUGAAACAGCAGCAGAUGAUGCAGUUCUUGGCUCGAGCGGUUCAAAAUCCGGCUUUUGUACAACAGUUAGCUCAGCGGAAGGACAAAAGAAAAGAACUGGAAGAAGAUUUGACUAAGAAAAGACGACGGCCUAUUGACCAGAUACGACGACGUAGCGGGGCCGGUGAAUCAAGUAGAAACUCUGUUAAAGCUGAGCCUUUAGAGUAUGGGUUUGGAGUGUCGGAACUGGAAGCGCUUGCUCUGGAAAUGCAAGGGUACGGGAGAUCUCGACGAGAAGAACUCGACGGAGAGGAGGAAGAGGAAGAAGAUAGAGUACUAGACGAUGGUUUUUGGGAAGAGUUGUUGAGUGAGAGUACUAACGGAGUUGAUGAAAAUGAAGAUGUUGAUGUAUUAGCUGAGAAAUUAGGUUAUUUAAGUUCAACAAGUCCUAAAUGAUCAGAAAAUUAAAAAAAUUACGAAAAACAAAAAACAACCUCUUUGUACAUGGCUGUCUCAUCGUCUCCGUCUCCUUCGAGCGGAAGAUGGUCUAUUCCACGGUGGAGCACUUAGAUUUUCGUUGGUAUUUGCCGGAAUAAGAAAGAUCAUGUAGCACUGGCUGGCCGUGGAAUAUAUCUUAGUUUUGCUGCUGUUUCUUAACAUUUUGUACUUUAGUUUUCUUUUGUCAAAUUUUCAACUUUUUGUUAAUCAUUGUCUAAUAUUUUGAUUAGGUUGGACAUAGAAUCUGGUUGUCUGAUGUCUCAAGGUUCUUUUACCUUUUUGUGCCGUAUAUAUCUUAACUGUUUAAUUCAUUGGUCAACUGCCCUCUGUAAUAUUAUUUUUUUCUAUAAAUAGAUAUGUUGAAGUUGCUGCAAA